AUGGUCGGCAUCUACGUCGACGAUCUUAUCAUCACCGGUGGCGACGAUGCAGAGCUCAAGGUGUUCAAGGAAGACAUGAAGAGGCAGUUCCAGAUGAGCGACCUAGGCACACUGUCAUACUAUCUUGGCAUUGAAGUGUGCCAGGGGCCAUCAGGGAUCACUGUCUCCCAGAAGCGGUACGCGCACAAGCUAGUGGAGAAGGCCGGCAUGGUCGGCUGCAAUCCUAGCUCCACGCCGAUGGAGCCUCGGCUCAAGCUACUCAAGGAGAGUACAGCUCCACCUGUUGACGCCACAGCCUACCGGAGUAUCGUCGGGGGACUCAGGUACAGCAGGCCUGGGGAUACACUACAAGCAUGGUGUCAGGAGGAUGCCGCCUCUACUGCACGGAAGGUGGUGGCCCUUUCAUCGUGCGAGGCGGAGUACAUCGCGGCAGCGACCGCAACCUGCCAAGGUGUCUGGCUAUUGCUCCUCCUCGUGGACCUGCUCGACGUUGAGGCUAGCGCGCCAGUGCUACGGGUGGACAACAAGUCCGCCAUCUCCCUCAUCAAGUACCCAGUACACCAUGACCGGACGAAGCACAUCGACAUCAAGUAUCACUACGUCCGGGAGUGUGCUGAGCGAGGCCUGAUCGAUGUUCAGUUCAUCGGAACGGCGGAGCAGCUGGGUGACAUCUUCACCAAGGCCCUCAGUCGACUCAAGUAUGACGAGCUGCAGAGCAAGAUCGGCCUCACCAAACUUCUCUCCACCGGCAACAGGACUUAG